AGAGGACGAUCUCUUCUUCAUUUUUCCAUAUCAGAACUGCCUUAUAUAUUUAUGGAGCAGUACCUAAGCCAUUCAUAUCUUAGGCUUCUUGCUUUCUUGUAUCUUUUUUGGUGGAGUCGGAGGAGAGAAGAGAUGGGGAGGGGAAGGGUGGAGCUGAAGAGGAUCGAGAACAAGAUAAACAGGCAGGUGACGUUCGCCAAGCGGCGGAACGGGUUGCUGAAGAAGGCCUUCGAGCUCUCCGUCCUCUGCGACGCCGAGGUCGCCCUCAUCAUUUUCUCCAGCCGCGGCCGCCUCUUCGAAUUCUGCAGCAGCUCCAGCAUGCUUAAGACACUCGAAAGGUACCAAAGAUGCAAUUAUAGUGCAUCAGAAGCUGCUGCUCCGUCAAGUGAGAUACAGAACACUUACCAAGAGUACGUGAGGCUGAAGGCAAGAGUUGAGUUUCUGCAGCACUCACAGAGAAAUCUCCUUGGUGAGGACUUGGACCCACUAAGUACAAAUGAACUUGAUCAACUUGAGAAUCAACUAGAGAAAUCUUUAAAGCAGAUCAGAUCAGCAAAGACACAAUCAAUGCUCGAUCAGCUUUGUGAUCUUAAAAGAAGGGAACAAGAGAUGCAGGAAACAAACAGAUCAUUAAACAGGAAGUUGCGAGAAGCAGCUUCACAAAAUCCCCUCCAAUUGACAUGGGCAAAUGGUAGUGGUGAUCAUGCUGCUGGUUCAUCAAAUGGCCCUUGUAAUCGUGAGGCUGCUCUAUCAAGGGGAUUCUUCCAGCCAUUGGCAUGUCACCCUCCUGAGCAAAUUGGGUACCAUCCUGUGAAUAUAGACCAGCCAAACGGAGGAGCUAUGUCUCACGAUUCCAAUGGCUACCUUCCUGCAUGGAUGGGAUGAGUUCCAAGCCUCAUUAGGUAGGUAUAUAUGUGUGCACUUGUAAGAACCCGCUGUGGUGUGGAUUUUCCUUUUUCUCCUGCCUUCUUUUUUAUUGUAAGCUGAUCCUGCUUUCUCCAUGAGAAAAGAUGAGGAAACAAUAAAGAUGAUGCUUAUGCUUGUUGGUGCUUGUAACUUGAUGUGACAGCAAAAGACAUGAUGAGCUGAAUGCAUAUAGCUUAGUGUGCGUCCGUUUUGUGGCAUACAACAUCUUGUCGUGAGAAAACAAA